AUGUCGCCCAACGGCUCCGCCGCCGCCGCCGCCGCCGAGCCGCCAGACAAGCAGCUGCCCGCGGCAGACACGCAACCUGCCAGCCCGAAACACGACUUCCUCUGGACGUACACCGAAGAGCCGCACCGAACUCGACGGCUGGCCAUUAUCAAGGCCCACCCAGAGAUCACCAAGCUGUGUGGCCCCGAGCCGCUGACCAAGUACGUGGUCCUCGGCGUGGUAGCUCUCCAGGUCGCGCUGGCGUGCCUGCUCCGGUCGACGCCCUUCUGGUCCCUCAAGUUCUGGGCCGUGGCCUACGUCGUGGGCGCCACCGCGAACCAGAACCUGUUCCUGGCCAUCCACGAGAUCUCGCACAACCUGGCCUUCAGGAGCGCCCUGGCCAACCGGCUGUUUGCCAUUGUGGCCAACCUGCCCAUUGGCGUCCCCUACAGCGCCGCCUUUCGCCCGUACCAUCUCACCCACCACAAGUCCCUAGGCGUGGAUGGCCUCGACACGGACCUGCCCACCGCCGUGGAAGCCUUCUUCCUCGACUCCAUCCUCGGCAAGGCCUUCUUCUGCACCUUCCAGAUCUUCUUCUACGCCCUGCGCCCCAUGGUCGUGUACCGCAUCCCCUUCUCGUGGGUGCACCUCGUCAACAUGGCCGCCCAGCUGGGCUUCGACGCCCUCGUCCUCCGCCACGCCUCCUGCAGCGGCCUCCUCUACCUGCUCCUGUCGUCCUUCCUGGCGGGCAGCCUGCACCCGCUCGCGGGCCACUUCAUCGCCGAGCACUACGUGUACGAGACGGUCACGCCGACGCAGCGCGACCCCGCCAACUUGGCCCCCCUCCCGGAGACCUUCUCCUACUACGGACCCCUCAACUGGCUCACCUACAACGUCGGCCUGCACAACGAGCACCACGACUUCCCCGCCGUGCCCUGGACCAGGCUCCCCGCCGUGCACGAGACGGCCAAGGAGUUCUACGAGCCGCUCCCCCGGCACGAGAGCUGGGUGUACGCCAUCUGGCGCUUCGUCUGGGACGACUCCGUCGGCCUGAACUGCCGCGUCAAGCGCAAGAACGGCGGCCGGCUGGUCGGCGGCCCCGUCAACUGGAAGGAGUCCGAGGUCCAGGCUUAG